AUGGCAAAUGUUUUUGGAGAGAUGGGUUCUUCUAUAGCAAUAACUUCAUUAACUAAUGGAAUUGCUUUUGGAGUUGGUAUUUUCUCUCCAUCAUCUUUAAUGUCUAAUUUUUGUUUGUGUACUUCAAUUGCUAUAUUUUUGGAUUUUUUAUUUGAAUUUUUAAUAUUUGCACCUUGUCUCCCUUUUAUUAAUUGGAAAAUUGAAGAAAACGAGAAUUCAUUAAAAAGAGAAAAGUGGCCUCUGUUUGGAAUUAUAAAAUUAAAAAAGGAAAGGUAAACAAAUACUUAAUUUGAUGAAAUUUAUCAAAAAUAUCAUCAUGCUCUAUUCAAGACAAUUCAUGAAUUUAUCAUAGGAUUUCUAGGGACACCAUAAUGUAAGGCCGGCAAGUUUCCUUUUAGCCUAGCAAAUAAAGCAAAAAAAGAAUGAAGGGAUAUUUGAGAAAAAAGAACAUAGGAGAGUUCCCAGGAUCGAGCC